AUGGCGGCGGGAAAGUCGAUUUUAUAGACAAUGUUGAAAACUGACAAAAAGCUCCGUUUGAAGACUAAAAGUGGAAGAGUUUUGAAUGUAGUGAGAGAGCACUACUUGAGGGAUGAUAUAGAUUGUCACAGUCAAGCUUGUAACAAGCAUAAUAGAGAAUCCGGCGAUGUACUGUUGUCAUCAGAUCUCGUUCAUUAUGUCGUCCCAGAUGUUAAUGUGACUUCGUCUUUUCUUGAGAUCUUUGAGUUUCCAGAGAUUCAAGGAGUAUUGUUCUUUCAAACUGUACUCAAUCAUGUUCAGCAUCAUGGAAGCAGGAAGCUUUUCAACAGAUUAAAAGCAUUGAUCAAAGACACAMGACAACAAUGUGUUGUCUUUUCAAAUGAGUUUUGCCAGGGAGCAUAUGCAGAAAGGAAUUCUGGAGARUCUCUCCAGGAAUGGCAACAAAGGAGUAUAUAUUCUGGUGCAGUGUGGUAUCACAGUCAUCUUGAUUGUAAAAUUCCAAUUGUUAUUGUAUCAAACGACAAAGAGUUAGUUGAAUCAUAUGGCAACAAGACACUUGGUAUAUUUGUAAUGACYGUGGAUGAUUAUCUAAAUGGUUUUUACCCCAGUGAGAGUGCAGUACAUGACCUAUAUGAAUCACUUCACGCAGCCAUUCAUGAKRCACAUGACACACAUGUUAAUGUUGAUUCACAUCUCAAACAAUACAAAGAGUAUCUUCCUUUGGAUGUCCUUGAAGCWGGAAUCAAAUCUGGACGCUACCAUCGAGGAUGUCUGAAUGUAAACAAACAUAAUGCCCAAUCAGAAGCAUUCAUACAAAGACAAAGUAUUGGUGUAUCGACUGGCAAAGAUGUAUCACUGUCUGACAUCCUCUUAGAAGGGACACCUCACAGAAAUCGUGCUGUUCACGGGGAUGUUGUGGUAGUAGAACUAUUUCCUAAGACUCUAUGGAAAGGAAAGUCAAAAUCUUUAAAGUCUAAUGAAGAAGAUUCAUCACAACAUGGAAGUGAAGUUAGUGACGUCAUGCCAACUGGUAACGUGGUAGGGGUACUUCAGCGGAAUUGGAGAGAUUAUGUAGCUUCAUUUUCCGAGUUUGCGGAGGUUCAAGGGCAAAGGCGAAGUGCUGGCAAGGUUUUGGUGGUUCCCUGGGACUAUCGUAUUCCUAAAAUACGCAUUUCAACGCGACAGGCAGAUGCAUUACGAGAUCACAGAAUUGUGGUCCGCAUUGACUCAUGGGACGUGACGUCAAUGUAUCCCAACGGCCAUUUCGUGCGUUCGCUGGGUCCAAUUGGAAGUUUAGAUACAGAAAUCGCGACUAUUAUGCUGGAGCAUCAGUUGUUUGCGCCCCCGUUCACUGAUGGUCAGCUGAAAGAGUUACCAAGCAACAGUGUCAAUGAGCCAUGGGUGAUGGACCCUGACGAAAUUAAACGUAGAAGAGAUUUGAGAGGUUCUCAUCUGGUGUUCAGCAUCGAUCCCAAAGGGUGCGAGGACGUGGAUGACACGUUAUCAGUCAGGAGUUUUGGACGAGGAAAGCUCGAGUUUGGUGUCCAUAUAGCUGAUGUGACUUACUUUGUCAAGCCUGGGUCGUUAACCGAUGCUGAAGCUCGUUCAAGGUCCACUACCGUAUACUUAGCUGACAGACGGUACGAUAUGCUUCCCGAAGUACUCAGCGCGGACUUAUGUUCUCUCAUCAGCGGUGUUGAUAGAUAUGCAAUGAGUGUGAUUUGGGAGAUGGACUCUAAUUAUAAAGUCCUCAAGACCUGGUACGGACGAACUGUCAUUAGAUCUUCUUAUAAGCUGUUUUACGAGGCAGCGCAAGCCAUAGCUGAUCAAAACGACUCUGAUCUAGAACUCAUGAAAGACAUUCCUGAGUUACAGCAUCUUGACCCAAAUAAAGCUCUAGAAAAAAUGAAAGAGCUGCGAUGGUCCGUCAAAAAACUAAUGGACGUUGCACGGCAUUUGAAAUCCAUGAGAACAGUUGAAGGUGCGCUUGAACUGGAGGGCUCAGAAGUCCAAGUACAGCUCAACGAAAACAAGGACAUCAAAGACUUGACACCAAAAAAGCCUUUAGAGGUCCACGAGACGAUUGCCGAGUGUAUGAUAUUUGCCAAUCAUUGGGUUGCUAAGAAAAUAGCACAAGUGUUCCCUACGGCUGCUCUGUUGCGUCGUCACCCUCUCCCACGCCAGCAGUAUUUCUCUAACCUCGUGCACUGCGCAAAAUCCAAAGGCUUUACUGUCGACUCAAGUUCCAAUAAAACACUUGCUGAUUCUUUGGAUGAAUGCGUCGACGCGAAGGAUCCUACAUUUAAUAAGAUUCUACGUACCCUAGCGACACAAGCGAUGUCUAAUGCGUUGUACUUCUCGACGGGUUCCGARUCUCCUGACGAGUAUUUUCAUUAUGGACUGGCUUUGGAUCGCUAUACUCAUUUUACAUCUCCUAUACGCAGAUACGCAGACGUUAUUGUUCAUAGGCUGCUUUUGGCAGCGGUGGAAACUGGUGACAAGGAACAUUUAUUAAAUAACGAAGAGCUUGAGGAUCUGUGCCAUCACAUCAACACUAAACACCGGGAAGCCCAAAUUGCACAGAAGGAAUCCGUCGAGAUGUUUGAAUCUCUUUUCUUUCGGUCCCUUGACGAUAACGACGAUCGACGWUUGGUUGAUGCUGUUGUCUUUAGUCUUCGAGCUAAUGGUGUACUAGURUUUGUACCAAGGUACAGCCUUAAGGGGCCAGUAUAUCUUAAAAACAAAGAUGGUCACGUUGUCRCGCCGUCGGAUCACGCAAACGAAGAGGUGACUUUCGGGCCAGGUUCACUGGUUCAACACGAGUACCAMAUCGCUGUACAUAACUCUUCUGGUGUUUUCCAGUUUCGCCUGUUCGACCACAUACAGGUCCGAGUGACCGUGUUGGAGUCCAAGUCSCACAGUCAGUCUCUCAAAAUGGACCUUGUGUCCCUAGUUACUAGACCCAGUCCACCAUCGGGGAUGAUCUCAGAGGAAAUGACGUCAUCAAACAAGAUGAAGCGAUCAGAGCUGAUUAAGGAAGUACAAAGCAGCCAAGAAACCACAAAGGAAGACAUCGAACUUAACGAUGAAUACAAGCGGUUUUUGUCGGAGUACGGCCAGACACACCCCACCGUCAGUAUGUACUGCUUGAUGGAACAAUUGCGAGAAUUGUCACUCUUGGAUGAUGAGURACGUCAUCUCGAAGCCACCAGAAAAUGACGCAAUUAAUUACAGAAUCUACAUGACGUCAUAACUUCAUGUGAUGCUAUUGAUUUAGAUCAAACCUAUCUCAGUGAAACAUCAAUGACGUCAUUAUCCUUCCCGUAUAUYGUGACGUCAUUAUUUCACAAAGAACUAUUUAUCAAGAGCGCUUAGUGACGUCAACAUCGWAACGAUACAGUGACGUCAUAGAUUGACGACAUGUGCUGUGUAAAUUAAAUUUGGUAGACAUGAAAUAUAACAUUAUCAAUAUGACGUCACACGUGAUGUAGUUUACUACUAGAUGGAUCGACUUGUUGAUGUCCCUUGUGAAUUUAUUCAAAAUAGUUUUUCAAAGAUAAUUAAGUCGUUGCUCUGUAUAAAUAUGAAAUCAUUUCUUAUUUACGAUUCAAAAUCCUUKAGAUAAUCUCAAAAACUGACUUCGAUUCUAGUUUGAAUGUAAAUCCAACCUUGAAGACGUUACUGUCGUCAYGGGAAUUAAAGUCGACAAUUAACUUUAUAAAAAAGAAGCUAAUAAAGUCAUUUAUCUGAAUUAUAUAAAGAGCAAAAACAUAUUUGCUUUGGAGGGAAAAUGAAAUGAGAAUUGCGAUAAUGUGAAAUGAGAA